GGUCAGAGACUGCAGACAUACUACGGGAGACGGUCAGAGACUGCAGACAUACUACGGGAGACGGUCAGAGACUGCAGACAUACUACGGGAGACGGUCAGAGACUGCAGACAUACUACGGGAGACGGUCAGAGACUGCAGACAUACUACGGGAGACGGUCAGAGACUGCAGACAUACUACGGGAGACGGUCAGAGACUGCAGACAUACUACAGGAGAUGGUCAGAGACUGCAGACAUACUACAGGAGAUGGUCAGAGACUGCAGACAUACUACAGGAGAUGGUCAGAGACUGCAGACAUGCUUACAGGAGACGGUCAGAGACUGCAGACAUACU